UGUGUGCUGCUGCGUGUAACACUUAGGCCCAUUCCUUCCCUUCCAUUCCCUGUUCCAUCCGAUAAAAUCUCGGCGCUGCCGGCGGAGACGCACCGACCGACGGCGGCUGAGGCCCCAACCGCACCCGCACCCGCACCCGCACCCGCACGCGACGGGAUGAUGGCCGCGGCGAGAAUGGUGUUCGCCUCCUGCGUCCGCCUCCUCCCUUCCUCGCCGUCGCCCCUCAUCCUCGCGAGGACCCGCGCCGGCGCCGGCUCGUUCUUGGCGCUGCCGCCGUCGGCGUCGCCGGCCGCAGGAUCCUACCGUAACCUCGCGCUCUUCUGCUCAUCCUCCUCCUCGCCGUCUUCGGACGCUGCCGUAGCGCCGCUGCCUCCGCAUGCGGUGGAGAAGGGGGCGGCGACUCCGGCGCUGGGCGAGGACGAGAAGGCGGAGCCGACCGUGGAGGAACUGGCGGGGCUGCUGGACAUCCGGGUGGGGCGGGUGGUGAAGGCGUGGAGGCACCCGGAGGCGGACACGCUGUACGUGGAGGAGGUGGACGUCGGCGAGGAGCAGCCGCGCACCAUCUGCAGCGGACUCGUCAACUACCUUCCCCUCGAGCAACUCCAGGACAGCAACGUGAUUGUUCUUGCCAACCUCAAACCGAGGAACAUGCGUGGCAUUAAGUCAAAUGGCAUGCUCAUGGCUGCUUCUGAUGCUUCUCACGAGAAUGUCGAGCUGCUCACACCGCCGGAAGGUUCUGUUCCUGGUGAAAGGGUAUGGUUUGGCUCAGAAGACGAAAAGGAUCAUCAAUCAGAACCUGCAUCUCCAAAUCAGGUCCAAAAGAAGAAGAUUUGGGAAUCUGUUCAGCCUCAUCUUAGAACUACGGAGAACUGUGUGGCAGUUCUUGGUGAGCAUCCAAUGCGCACUUCUGCAGGCACGGUUCUCUGCAAAUCGCUGCAGGGUGCUAGAGUGUCGUAAAUCUUUAUUCAACAACCUUUUUGUCUUACUGAAUCCUGUGUCAUGUGUCUUCCCUGAAAAUAAUUAUACAAGUAGUUGAACUGUCAGAACUUUGUUUCCAACUUCUGAGGAUACUAUUGUAUUCAGAAUUUUGAGAUCAUUCACGUUCAGUAGUUCGUACUUCUCAAUGUUAAAAACUGUGUAUUUCCAGGACAUUGUAUUUACGUUUCUUUUCUUUAACUUCAAUCGGGAGAUUGACGGAUGAA